AUGUUACUGACCUUGGAGCCUCUCUUAGGGCCAAUCGGAGGCGGCUUGGGUUUGGUGGCAGUAGCAGCAGCUGGAGCAGUUGCCGGAACACCUUCCGACGAAGAUGUUUCCGGAGGUGCCUCUUCGGAUGCUCUGACUACGAGCCUAGAACCGGCGCUUCUCAUCGGCAAGAAAGACACGGAGUUCCGGGACGACGAAGCGCCUGCGGAAGCCGUGACGUUGGCCGUCAAAACAAACACCGAAGAUGCUGACGCCAUCGCCAUCUUUGCUUUUUUCUUUUUCUUUUUCUUCUCUCUUCUUAUUGUUCUUCCGACACUAAAGAAUGGUUCUUGCCUUAGUUUUGUUGGCUGUAAUAUUGUUCGAACGGCUAAGAAAAGAGGAAGUGUUUGA